UUCCGGUCCCUCCGCCUAGCUGCCCCGCUUCAGGGAUGUGAGCGCCUCGCGCAAAUAGGGCGGGGCGUGCCGUGCGGUGCGGUGCGCGUGCGCAGGAGCCACGAGAGGGACGAAGCCGAACCUCUGAACCGCCGCCAGGUCCGCUCCGGCUCCACGCCGCCCGUCGCGCCGCCACCCGCGUCCUUUUCCUCCUCCUCCGCCAACGCCGCCGCCGCCGCCGCCGCCAUGGGAGUGCAGGUGGAGACCAUCUCUCCUGGAGACGGGCGCACCUUCCCAAAGCGCGGCCAGACCUGCGUGGUGCACUACACGGGGGAGGAUCCCGAUCUUGAGGGAAAUGACUUACAGGGAAGGGAAGACAAGACAGCCCGCUCACAUCCUCCUCUCUGUGCCCCCUUACUUCUAUGACUUCUUGAGUAGAGAAGCGGGCAGGAGAUGGCAGAAGUUAAGGACUAGGACCUUUAAAAAGCUGCCAAUGGAAGGAAUAUUGAAAUACAUCUUGGCAAGAACAGACUCUUCUCAUGGACCAAAUCGCAGUAGCUGUUGUGGGAUGCUUGAAGAUGGAAAGAAAUUUGAUUCCUCUCGGGACAGAAACAAGCCUUUUAAGUUUACACUAGGCAAGCAGGAGGUGAUCCGAGGCUGGGAGGAAGGGGUAGCCCAGAUGAGUGUGGGUCAGAGAGCCAAACUGAUAAUCUCCUCAGACUAUGCCUAUGGAGCCACCGGGCACCCAGGCAUCAUCCCACCACAUGCCACUCUUGUUUUUGAUGUGGAGCUUCUAAAACUGGAAUGACAGAAGUGGCCUCCUCCCUUAGCUCUGCACGUGGAUCUGCCAUGGAGGAAUCUGGUACCUCCAGAUGGGUGCACAUGAAUCCAUGGGGAGCUCUUCCUGACGUCCCACCACCCUUUGUAUAGACACCUACCCGACUGAAUGUGUUCCGUCACUCAGCUUUGCUUCGGACACCUCCAUGUCCUCUUCCCCCCUCUGUAUGUGUGUUGACCUAAACUAUAUGCCAUAAACCUCAAGUUACUUUAUUUUGGGGUGAAGACUCAGUUUCUGUUUCAGAUCUAAGUUUCCAAUGAAGUAUAUUGUCAAGUGUUAACAGCACAAGCGAUGGGUUAACUUAGAAUAGAAAUUGGUGUUGGGGGGGGAUUUGCAAGAAUUUUUAUUUUAUUUUAUUUUAAUUUUUUGGAUGAAAAUUUUAUCUAUUAUAUAUUAAGACAUUCUGCUGCUGUGCUGCAAAGCCAUAGCAGAUUCGAGAUGCUGUUGAGGGCUGGAUUUUUCUCUAGUGAGGGAGGUCCUGUUAAACUGAAAGCCCUACCCAAACUGAGGUGGGAAGGAAGCGGGGGAGAGAGCCUUGGCUUCUGACAGUCCUUCCACCUUCUGAAACUAGCUGCCUUUUAAAGCAGAUCCCUUCACUGCUAUGUUGGACACUACAGUAUCUGUCCCUGGGUUGGCAGAGACUUGAAAGCCUUUGUGACCUGGCUUAAUUUGUUUUUCAUCCUAUGGUUUUUCUAAUGGAUUUUCUGGACUUUUGUAAUCUUGUAACUAUUCAAGCUCCACUUUCUAAAUUUUAAGAACUUCAGUGGAAAGUUUAAAUUGAAGGUGCUGUUUGUAGACUCACCACCCAACGGACGCCCAGCCACCACGGCAAAUCCUUGAGUGUUCUCUAAGAAUACGAUGCUGGUCAUCACAGCUUCAGCAUCUCCUGGGUUUUGAUGCUUGGCUCUUUGCUGAUCUUGGCUUCCUGGCUUUUCCUCCUUCAGUUCCUUCUCACCCUCUGCUGUCCUUGUGUAGUGAUUUGGUGAGAGAAAGCUUUUGUCCCCUGCCCUCUGCACUACAUAUGCGGUUCAAGUUUUAUUAUUGCAAUAAAAGUGCUUUAUGCUGGCUUUUCUCA